CCCAAAAGAAGUUAUAAAACAAACAACAAAAACCGAAAACACCCGCUUCGACAACGAAAUUUCUUGCUCGACAAUGGUUCGGGUCCUCCUGCUAGCGCUAUUGGUAUUGGGGCUGGGGCUAACCAAACGGGUCACCUCGCACGAGGAGUCGGGAGAGUGGAGUUGCGAGUCAUACUCGGAGAUCCAAGUCCAGGCAGAGUUUAGACCCGGAGUCAUCACUCUCAAUGGCCGCGCCAGUGAUUGGAAAGACAUCGAUGGGUUCGAGUUCCCUCUCCGUCCUGCUCUUGAUCCGGAUGAGGACCAUGAGUACAGAGAUGGAAAAAUGAUAGUGAAGGCUUUACAUGAUGGAAAUAACGUCUUCUUCUUGUUGCAAGUUGAUGGGAACUAUGUUUACUCCAAAGGGGAUAGUAGCAGAUGCCCAUCUGUAGCUCUCAUGUUUCAAAUCGGCGACGAUGCUACCUAUCAUAAUAUGGGUGGCUGCAAAGAACAAAGGGGAUCUUGCACCAACAAGACUUGCAAAGGCCAUGAAGUCGACAUUAUGCACUUCUCGAUCGGAAGUGCUAUACCCGGGCGGCUUUAUGGUGGCAACCCGAUGGAUAACAGAAACGCAACUGGAGGCGACAGCUUGGGUCAUUUGGUUGAUGUAUAUGCUUGGAACCCACACUGUAGAUUCCUUGAUGGAAUGGGUCCUGCUGGAAAUGAUUCUAGUGCACAGAAUGACUGGAAAGGAGCAUGGUGGCACAGUAGCUUCAUAGAUAAUUCAGGUUUCGUGGAGGAAGAUAGUCCUUAUUCAACCGGAGAUCAGACGGGAACUUACUAUUUCGAAUUCGCUCGGCCUUUGAGAACCAUGGACCGUUUACAAAAGGAUAUUCAGUUCACAAUCAAUGGAUCGAGCAAGAUGUCGGUCGCAUUCUGGUAUCCAGUCGACGGGAAUCCGUGGGUUGGAUCCGGACAUUAUACAAUCAACUGUGAUUGGGUGCCAUUGUAUAUUGCUUCAGGUGGUUCUAUGCUAACCGAGUCAGCACCGAGCAGCGCCUUGGACGCGACCAGCGCCUUCGCCUUUCUGUUCUCAUUAGCAUCUCUCUGUAUAGCCUUAUUUGUUGCAUAUCAGGUUCGUAGGCCCAACAGUGUCUCAUUUAUGCAAGUAGAAAAUCUUUAGAUACUGAUAA